AUGGCUUUCAAUAAGCCCGCAGACGCUGUCGGCGUGGAGCGCAUCCGCUGGAAUGAUGAGGAGCAAGGCCGUCGCCGGUCGCGCUCUCGUCCUCGUCUGAGCCGUGCCAAUUCCACCGACUCCAUGGCCAUUCGCGCCGUUUCGCGAGCACAGGUCGAUCCAGCCAUCACCCUGCCAAUUCACUACCGUACUGUCUCGUUUGGAAUUGAGGAGUCCAAAGGCAAGGAGCGUGCCGAGGCUGUUCGAGCGGCUGAUGCCACCGCCAAAGACCUUGCCGAUCUGGAGUGGCACAUUGUCACUGCUGAUCAAGUCUCGUCACGCCUCACCACAUCGUCCCAAAAUGGUCUGUCGGCAGAGCAGGUCAAGCGUCGCCAGCUUGAGUACGGUCGCAAUGCACCCUCCCCGCCCAAGACGAACCGAACUCUCACCAUCUUUGGUUACUUUUUCAAGGGAUUUGGCGGCAUCCUGCUCGUCGGCAGCAUUCUCGUCUUCGUCUCUUGGAAGCCUCUCGGCGAGCCCAACCCCGCGCUUGCCAACCUUGCCCUCGCUAUAGUCCUCUUGGCCGUCUUCUUCCUCCAAGCCAGCUUCAACAUGUUCCAGGAUUGGUCCACCUCUCGCGUCAUGGCCUCCAUCAAGGACAUGCUGCCUGAGCAGUCGCAAGUGCUCCGCGACGGCCAGCUCGCUCAUGUGCCUGCCGAGGAGCUCGUACCUGGCGAUGUUGUCUUCAUCAAAGCAGGCAACAAGCUACCAGCUGACAUACGCCUCAUCCAGGCAUCCUCCGAUGUCAAGUUCGAUCGCUCCGUCUUGACAGGUGAGUCCCGUCCGGUACCGGGCACGGUCAACUCUACCGACGAGAAUUAUUUGGAAACCCACAAUAUCGGGCUUCAAGGAACACACUGCAUCACCGGUACCAGCACCGGUAUUGUGGUUGCCACUGGUGACAAGACUGUCUUUGGCCGCAUCGCCACCUUGACUAAUGAGCCCAAGACAAAGAUGACGACGCUCGAGAAAGAAGUCUUGUACUUUGUGCUGUUCAUCUGCGGUAUCAUGGUUGCAAUGAUCACACUGGUCCUCAUCCUCUGGGGUGCUUGGCUUCGGAAGGAUCACCCUGGUUUCAUCUCUGUCAGUGCCCUCAUUGUCAGCUGUGUCAGUGUCGCCGUUGCCUUUAUUCCUGAAGGUCUUCCAAUUGCCAUCACUGCUGGCCUCACCAUUACUGCCAAUCUCAUGAAGAAGAACGAUGUCCUCUGCAAGUCUCUCAGAACAGUUGAGACGCUCGGUGCCGUGUCUGUUGUUUGCUCCGACAAGACCGGAACCCUAACCCAGGGUAAGAUGUCUCUUACGGACUGUGCCAUUGGCAGCACCAACCUCAGUGUGGAAGAGCUCCAAGGGAAGCUGGGAAUUGAUGAACAAGGAAAUGAGUCUGGCCUGCGGUCUGCCUUUGGCCAGCUUGGGGCCCUUGCAGCCCUCUGCAAUGCCGCCGAGCUUGACGCCUCGCAAGCAGAUGUGCCCUUGGCCCAGCGUAAUGUUUUUGGUGAUGCGACCGACACUGCCAUUCUCAAGUUCUCCGAGUCCAUCGCUGAUGGUAAUGUUGGAUACUUCAGAGGAUGCUGGCAAAAAGUUUUUGAUCUUGCCUUCAACAGCAAAAACAAGUUCAUGAUUCGCACCUUUACAUGCAGCCGCAAGGAGGCGGUAGGAUAUACUAUGCAUCCAUCAGCCGCUGCUGAAUUCGGCGACAACGACAUCCUCUUGACCAUCAAGGGAGCGCCUGACGUGCUGAUUGGCCGCUGCUCCGAAUUCCUCACCGCUGAUGGCGGAGUUGCUUCCAUGGAUAAAAACGCCCUGGCCACGUUUGAGCACCUGAAGCAGGUGUACUCGUCGCAGGGCAAGCGUUGCCUGCUUCUGGCUCGCAAGGUUGUCCCCGGUAGCUCCAUCAAGAAUGCAGUCGAGGACGGUGCUUACGAGACAGAAAUGUCUGACCUCGCAAAAUCCGGUCUUACUCUUGUCGGCCUUGUUGCCAUUGUCGAUCCUCUCCGUCCUGAGAUUCGCGAUGUUGUGUCUACUCUUCGCGGCGCUGGCAUUCGCAUUGCCAUGGUUACCGGCGACUUCAGUCUGACGGCGCUGGCCAUUGCUCGCGACGCCGGCAUCGUCACUUGCGUGCAUGUCGACGGUGCCAGCCAUCUUGAGCGCAAUCCCGAGCCAUCUUCCGACUCGACCGACUGCGAAGAGAAAAGCACCGGCGGUUCACGGGGCGCGCUUGUCAUCAGCGGUAGCGAGCUCACGCGCCUCAACGACCACCAGUGGAAGACGCUCACUGAGUAUGACGAGAUUGUCUUUGCGCGCACAACGCCUGAGCAGAAGCUGCGCAUCGUGCGCGAGUUCCAGAAGGAAAAUGUAGUUGCCAUGACUGGUGACGGUGUAAAUGAUGCGCCCUCACUCAAAGCCGCAGAUGUCGGUAUCGCCCUGGGCAGUGGCUCAGACAUUGCGAUGGAGGCGGCCGACAUGGUCCUACUGGACUCGUUCUCCUCCAUCGUGGUCGCUGUGCAAUACGGCCGUGUUGUGUUUGACAACUUGAAGAAGGUCAUUGCCUACCUACUUCCCGCUGGCUCCUUCUCCGAGUUCUGGCCGGUCAUCACCAACGUUGCGUUCGGCCUUCCGCAAAUUCUGUCAUCUUUCCUCAUGAUUAUUAUUUGCUGCUUUACUGAUUGCGUCGCCGCUACCAUCUUGUCUUACGAAAAGCCCGAGGCUGAUGUGCUGCACCGCCGACCCCGCAACGUGAAGAAGGAUCGCCUGGUGAACUGGCAGCUCAUCUUCCAAGCGUACGGCAUCAUUGGCAUGACAGAGACACUGGCGUCGUUUGCCAUGUCGUACUGGUACCUGCAGCGCAAGGGGAUCGCAUUCAAGGACCUGUGGUUUUCCUUUGGCAAGGUGCCGGACUAUGUCACCGAGGAUUACUACAACGCCAGACUAACAGAGGCGUCGUCCAUCUACUUUGUCAACCUGGUGGUGAUGCAGUGGUUCAACUUGAUGGCGGUCCGAUGCCGGCGGCUCAGCAUCUUCCAGCACCCGCCCGCGUUCAACAAGGCGACGCAGAACCUGUACCUGUUUCCCGCGAUCCUGUUUGCGCUGAGCAUGGCGUUCCUAUGGUGCUACCCGCCAGCCAUCCAGCGCGUUAUCGUGACGGCGCCGGUGCCGGUGGAAUAUUGGUUCUUGCCGUUUGCGUUUGGUAUUUACAUUGUCUUUAUUGACGAGGUGAGGCGCUUCUUUGUGCGCAAGUAUCCAACCAGUUGGAUUGCGAAGGCGGCAUGGUAG